AUGGCUGACUCGGACUACUCCUACGAUGGCGACGAGGUUUCCGGCGAAGAGUAUGUUGGCUCUCGAGCUAGCUCAAGCAGACCAGCACAGCCAGCAGCAGUGAGCGGGAGAAACCAUGCCGGCAAAGAGGCUGCGCCGAAGCCAGCGCGCAAAGCGUGGGAGACCGAGGACUCCCGAACAGUCGAGAAGACAAUGGCGCGCGGUAACGACGAUGAUAUAGGGCAGAGUGUGCAAGAGCGAGAGGAGGAGCGCAAGCGCAAGCGGCUACGGAAAGAUACAAAACCCUUCCAGAGAGGCAUAAUACGGCACGUAGUGCUGGUACUGGACCUGUCAGAGGCUAUGCUGGAGAAGGACAUGCGGCCGAACCGCUUCUAUACGAUGAUCAACUAUACGCAAGACUAUGUCCGCGAGUUCUUUGAGCAAAACCCAAUCUCCCAGAUGAGUGUCCUCGGCAUGCACGACGGCAUAUGCAUACGAGUCUCCGAGCUCUCAGGCAACCCCGCAGAGCACGCAGCGGCGAUCUUGGGAUUGCGCAGUAAGGAGACUGGCAAGGAGCCCAAGGGCGCACCUAGUCUGCAGAACGCCCUCGAACUCGCGCGUGCAACGCUAUAUCACACACCAAACCACGGUACAAGAGAGGUUAUCGUGGUCUUUGGCUCCCUCCUUUCUCUCGAUCCCGGCGACAUUCACCAGACCAUCAAAGCGUGCGUGCUCGACCGCAUAAGAGUAAGCGUGAUAGGCAUGGGUGCACGCCUCAAGAUUUGCCAGGAGAUAGUAACGCGGACAAACGCCGGGGAUGAAAGCGAAUACACGAUCGCAACCGACCAGGAAAUGCUUAAGGAGCUUCUCAUCGCAACGACCACACCGCCCGUCAUACGCUCAGACACCGCCUCCACCCCUCAGCAGUCCGAGAAAGGCGCAGCACUGAUGAUGAUGGGGUUCCCAUCUCGCGUUGUGGAAGACACACCCACAAUAUGCGCAUGCCACGGCAACCUCACACUGGGCGGCUACACAUGCUCCCGGUGCAGUGCAAAAGUAUGCUCACUCCCCGUGACAUGUCCCAGCUGCCAGCUCACCCUCCUCCUCUCAACGCAUCUGGCGCGCAGCUACCACCACCUGUUCCCUCUGCGCAAUUGGGCCACGGUCUCCUGGCAACGCGCCCGCGAAAAAGAUUCAAAAGACUGUGUGGCCUGCCUCACCACCUUCCCCAAGAUACUGUCGAAACAGGACAUGCUGAACGGGCAUGCAGAGGGGAAAACACAGGCAGAAGACGAAGAGAAUGGAGAGCAGCAUGCAAGCGAGAGCGCCAGAUAUGAGUGCCGGUCUUGCGAAAGCCACUUUUGCAUCGACUGCGAUGUGUUCUGCCAUAUGGUGCUGCAUAAUUGCCCCGGGUGUUUGAGUAGACUGGACCCAGGCGUGAUUGCUGAUGCGGAUGCGGAUGCGAAUGGAGAUGUGAUUAUGAGUGGGUAA